CCCGCCCUGCCAGACGUCUCGCCUGAGCCCCUCCACCUUGCCUCCUAGCCACAGCUGCUGUCAGUACCGGCGGGGAGUUGUUCUGUCUCACAGAAUCACUGAGGUUAAGUUGCGAAGGGGACCGUCUGUAUUCUGUUACCUUCUCAGACUGUGCUACAUGCAUGAAGCACAAUCACUGCAUCAAUACAUACACACAACUGUUGGAGAAAUCUGACAGUAUCUUGGUUGUAUUUUAGCACCAAUAGCCACAGGAGAGGUGCACUGUGACUGUACAGGUCCAGAGUGAGGGGGAAGACGUGAAGCAACACAGAGAAGAAUGUUGAUGCAAACAAGGCAGUUGGUGGUGAGGGCGGCCAGGGUGCCGGGCAGCAUGUGCCUGGCUGCUGCUCUCACCCCUCGAGUCAGCAGCAGUCCCUCCUUCAAGACUGUUGUCUCAACACACCCCAGCCUGGUGGUGCCCCAAGGAUCACUGCCACUCCUCCUCCAUGUCAGAGACUUCCACUCAAGAAAGUUCUCUCGGAAUGUUGAGUUCUUUACUGCCAGUGAUGCUCCUCUCCCGAAGAACACAUUGCAGGUUGCCCCUUCCUUAGGUAAUGAUGAGCGUCCACUAACACUUCUGUUCUGCUGGUUGAUGGCCAAGGAACGUCACAUCAAGAAGUAUGCACAGAUGUACACUAACAUGGGCAUUGACGUCCUCAAAGUCAGAAUAUCUCCAUUUGACCUUCUGCGUCCUACCAAGGGAUCACAGAUUGCAGCAGAACAAGUGCUCAACUUCCUGCAUGCCAACCCCUCAUACAGCUCCCUGAUGGUGCAUGGGCUGAGUGUUGGUGCUUACCUCUUCAUGGAGGUGCUGGGCAAGAUUGACCAGGACAUGAAGAAGCAUGGACACCUGCUGAAUCGUUUUGUGGCUCAGAUCUGGGACAGUGCUGUGGACAUGUACGGCAUCCCUGAUGGUGUACCGAGGGCCAUCACAAACAACGUCAGCCUUCAGAGGAACAUUAAGAAAUAUCUCUUAUGGUACUUGAGGGUCCACUACAACACUGCCACCAUCCACUAUGAAAAUGCCAGUGCCAAGAUGCAUGAGAACUUUGUUGGAGUUCCAGGCCUUUUCUUCUUCUCUGACAACGAUCCUGUUUCGACCCCAGAGAUGAAUGCUGUGGUAUACAAGAAGUGGGAAGCCAAGAACAUUCCAGUGUACACAAGAUUAUGGAAGGGCUCUCCACAUGUCAGUCACUACCUGAGGUAUCGCAAGGAGUAUGAGGCAGAAGUGAUGGCCUUCAUGGAGCGUGUUGGCUUCAUUGAAUCAGCAACCAGACAGCGUGCCAGCUCCGUCUGAAGCUCUACCAUAGUGGCAAUGCUGCCUUAUCACUUCUAGCUCUUACACUUGUGAAAGAACAUCUCUUUAUCUAUUUAUGAAACUUUUUAAGCUUCCUUCAUUUCUUGAUGAGACUCUUUAUUAAUGUGUGAUCUCAUAUGUAGCACAAGGGAGCAUUGUACCAAAGAGUGUCAUGUUAUAGUCGGCAAUGUAUCUCAUAUUACCUUGCUGAGAUUCAUUGUAAAGACUGGAGGAUUCUUGAUAUAAAAUUAUUCUUUUUACAAGUGUGGUGAUUUUGUGACAUUUUAUGUUUUGUUAUUAUUAUUAUUAUUAUUAUUAUUAUUAUUAUUAUUAUUAUUAUUAUUAUUAUUAUUAUAUAAUGAAUCACAUUUCUUUUAUUAGCAACAUAAUCAUUCAGUUGCUUACAAAGAAUAUAUCAGAAGUUGGGAUUCAAAUCCAGAUGCAGAAGAAUUAUCAAAAACAUUACAAAAGUUCCUCCUUUGCUCCUCCCCAUCAUUUCCCCAUCUUUGGCUUGUUGAUGUCCUCAACCUUAGAUGCCAUAUGAUGAAACAUACAACUUGUAUAUCAUAAACUAUCACGACACAAAAAUUAUAACCCCAAUGUUUGCCACAAUUGGUCUGUUCCAGCACAUGUGAAAUGUUACCCAGGAGAAAGAUUCAUAGAGGAAUAUGAAUAAGUGGAAAAGAUAAAAGUAACAACAUCCUCUUAAAAGGUAAAUGAAUUAGAGUGGACCCCAGACUAACUUGGUACUUGAGGUGUUGGCUUUACCCUAUCUGCACUGUUGUCACCUCAAUCCUGGAGUGAGCUGACCUGACCUGGGUCAACAGGGUGCAGCCUGGGGGAUUCACAUGUCAAGGACACUGGGACAGCAGCACCACAUGACCUAUAUGUGUUACCAUGUAUACUGGAAGAUAUACAGCAUUGUUGUUCCAUCACCAAAUCAAAAGCCAUAUAAAAAAAACAUGUAUUUGUAUAUAACGUAUAAUUUUGGAAUAAUUAAGGCAAAGGAUGACAGUAUGAGCAAAAAAGAGAGGCAUUCAUGUACCUGUGAACUGUGAACAUGACAGCAAUGUGUGACAGGUACAGCCAACACCCUCAGUACCAAGUAAGGUUAGAUUCACUGUAGUUAUGUAAAUGGCAUCCUUUCACAUACAUAACAGUCACUCACAUUCACACUGUUACAUUUCAUAGACUUUAAAACUUGAUUUUUCUUAGUAGUUUUAUUAUGGCAUGGCAUGGUGUAGAAAAGUGAUCAACAGAUAAAGGUAUUAAACUUUCAACUCUAUAGUCAUGAAUAAGUAGCACAUGUAAGCAUGCACCAAAUCUCUAUUUUAUCUAGAUUUUAUGGGAUGGGGAGUCUGAACAACUCAGAAUCCUGGAUAUACACAAAGUAAACUUUUAUGUGCUAUAAGCAAUCCAUUGUUAUUACAUUGUUAUUAUAUCAGUCUUCAUUGAAAUGUAAUGAGUAUAUAAAGCCUUUAAAACCAUUACAGAAUGUUGGGAAUAAUAAAAAGACACUAUGC